AUGGCUCCUGUUUCCCAAUCUCAACCCAAUGAAUGGGUCUUCAUCACCACCACUCCCUCGCGGCCGCGUCUGACCAACGGGCAGCAAUCUCAGGUGCGACAGCGCGUCAUGCGCGAUAUUGGUUACACCCGCCGGAAUACUCACACAGCAUUACUUCAAAGUCCUUCGACAUCAUCAUGCAUAUCGAGCGACACGACAGCUUCUGCUUCAUCUUCCGGCCCUUUCCUGGUUGACCUUCAGUCUGGAGGGCGUCAAGACCCAGAGUGUCCCACCUCGUCGGCCCAUGUCCCGUCGCUCCUGACCUGUCGCAUUGUGUUGGAUAGGGAGUCGCAGUGCCUCCUUCACCACA